UAUAAAUAGGGUACCAUUUUUAUAAAUGAUCCGAACCAAAGAUUAACUUGUUUCACUUCUUUUUUUUAAAAAAAAAUGAAACUUCCAAAAUACGAUGGAAAUAUUCAUCCAAAUGAAUGGAUAAAACAAAUUCAAAUAUGUUGUUUUCUUAAAAAAAUUGUAAAAGAUGAUGAUAUUCUUCAAAUUGCGAAAACGAUGAUCGACCCCAUUAUAAUUAAUAAUAAUAUGAUAUUAGAGAAUAAUAUAACUUCAUUAGAAGAACUCAAUAAUUUAUUAAAACAACAAAAUUCUUUUUUAAUUUUUAAAAAUUCAAGUAAAAGAAAAUUACAAUUAUUAAAAUUUCAAAUUAAAAAUGAUGAUAUGACAAAAUAUAUUUUAGAAUUUCGAUCACUUUGUCGUGAUGCUGAAAUUAAUGAUUUUGAAGAACAAAAAAAAUAUUUUAUUCAAUCAAUAUUACCUAUUAAUUUAAUUGAUUCAUUUAUUAUUAAAGAAUCUAAUUCUAUGAAUGAAUUAAUUAAAAAUUUUGAUGAUUUUUUAUUGAAUUAUUCAAGAAUUAUUAAAAAUAAUUCUUGUGUAGCUUUAAAACAUAUUGCUACAGGAAAAUAUUUAUCUAGUUGUAAUAAAAAAUAUCAAAAUUCUAAUUAUAAUUUGGUUUAUUGUGGUGAUAAUAUUCUAAAUAACGAUGCUUUAUGGAUUAUUAGUAAUAAUAAUAUUACAAAUUUAAUAACAUUUCAAAAUUCUAUUACUUUGAAGCAUAAGUCAUCUUCUAAUAAUUAUUUAUCUGUUGAUUCUGAUUAUAAAGCUUGUGGUGGUAACGAAGGUUUAACUAUCGAUUGGACUUUACAACAUAGUAAAAAUGAAAGAAAUUAUUUAGAAUCCAAAGAUAAUGUUCUUUUAAAAAUUUCAUUUGGAAAGAAUACAAAUGUAAAAAAUUUAACUUUACGUAGUCAUGAAAAUAUUUUAAAAAUUGAUAAUAAUGAUUAUCAAGAAGUUUUCGCUCACGAAAAUAGAAUCGGUGGAAUUGAUGAGUGGUGUAUUGAACUUAUCGAGUAGCACUACUUGAAAUAAAUCUUUGAUACAUAAGAUUUAAUAUAGCAAUUAUAGUUAUAGCAUCACUUCAUAGUUAUACGUGACGUCG